CUAAAAAGAAAUAGCGAUAACAAAUAAAGAAGAGGGGAGGAAAUUAUUUAAAUACAUUUUCAUUCCUAAAUUAGAUUCUAUUCUCUAUAGAACAAGGUUCAUAUGGAAAUAAUAUUCGCUGUUACAUUUACCGAUGAUAGGCUCGCUAUCCGUAAAUUGAAAAACCGAUUCCGAAUGCCAGCGGAAUAUCAUCCAUGGCUUCCGGAAAUUACAACGCGUCCCAAUGUUCCGGUUAAUGUCGCUGUGUAUUUGGAUCCGUUGAUUGGCAUGGUCGAUGCAUUUUACCGGUACUCUGUCGAGCUCCUUUGUUCAUCUGAAACUUGGCGGCAUCCUUUCGAGCUGUUCCAGUGUGAGAUUGUUGUAUCAAAUAUUGGAGAUGAGCGUAUUUUUCUACGUGAUUUCCAAGAUCUGCGUAAUGCAGAGGAAAUCUCGAAAGUUUCGGUCAAUGUUGAAACAACAAAAGAAAUCAGAGUCAUUGCGAGUUAUCCACAAUUGUGGUUCUCAUCCAUGGUUGGUAGCAUAUUGCCUUCUACAGUCAUUUUUUGUGUUGCUAUUUUUGCGCAGUGCAGGUGUCGUAAAGUUCACACAUUGGUUACUGUGUCUGCUUUAAUGUGCAUUAUUUUCAUGCAAUCAAUCCGCAAAACAGGAAGCAUUUUAACCCUGGAAGAUCUGUGGAUAUGCAUUACCUUUUUACAUGUUGUUUGCAUUUUAUUGGUAGACCUAAUGACACCAACAUAUCACACUCAACUACUCGAUAUUAGCAAUGGCCAGUUCAUUAGCAUCAUCGUGGAUGGUAUGGAUAUCGUGAAGUCAUUGCCACUGAUGAGACGGUUAAUAGCUUUCCAUGACACAUCGGCUAAACGUGCUCUAGUACAGCAGCAAACAACUACAGCUCUGGGAAUACGAAAACGGCUAUCUCUGGCAAUUAUUACAUCGAAUUCAAUUACACAAGAAAACCAACCACCAUCAUCUCAAAACAGAACCUUAUCCGAACCAAAUAAAUUUAGAAAUGAGGACAUAUGCACUGCAUAUAAACAAUUCAGGCAAUUUUCCUUCUUAACAAUAACUGCCCAUUAG